CCGGUAGUUGUGUUGAAUCAACAUCACAUAUCAACUGGCUGUUCAGCAAGUAACAAGUGGAAAAAAACCCGAAAAAAAAAAUCCAACAUGAAAUUCGUCAUUGUUCUCGCUGCCCUUUUAGCUGUCGCUUUGGCCGCACCACCAUCGAACCCAGAAUCUCAAGCCACUAUUAUUACACAAAACGCUGAUAUUGAUCCACAAGGAAACUACGGAAACGAAGUCGAAACCUCAAACGGCAUUUCAGCCCAGGAACAAGGUCAAUUGAAACCAAAUCCAUCACCAAAAUCUGAUGAACCAGCUGCUUUCAUCGCUGUUCAAGGCCAAUUCUCAUACACUGCUCCAGACGGUCAAUUAUACACCGUUCGUUAUGUUGCUGAUGAAAAAGGUUUCCAACCAGAAGCCGCCCAUUUACCCGUUUCCCCAGUUGCUUAAAUCACUUUGUAUCAUCGAAAAAAUCUAAGUCAUCUGUGAUUUGAUAGUUGAGACACAACACCAUGUACUGACUGACUCGUUCACAAAUUAGAUAAUAAUAAAAAAAUCUUGAAAAAUUAUAAAA